ACAAAAGGGCGUCGGCAUGUCGGCGGUGCAGCUGAACAUGCAGGCAUCGCUCCAGGCCGCCGCGGCCCACGUAGAGGCCAAAGUUCGAUCCCAGCAGUACAGCGCGGCGGCCGCCGGCGCUGCGGCUGUUGCGCGGCUCCCACAGGCACAGGUUCCAAAGGUGCAGUUCAACAUGGCGGGGAGGGGGGCGGGCUGCAGCUCCUCCGCUGCCUCGCCCUUCGGCUCCUCGCGCACAGCGUCGCUCCCGACCCAAAGCACCCCCGCACCCGCGCCAGCCGCCUCGGGCGACCCUUGGCCGGCGUCGCUGCGCGCGUGGGUCGAGCGCGCCUUCGCACAGUGCAAGAGCGACCUCGAGCGCGGCGUCGUGGGCGAGCACCUCCGCAAGACGAUCCAGGCGGUCGACGUGUGGAGGCACGACUGGGAGAGAGAGCCCCUUCCCCCGCGCAAGAAGGAGCUCUGGCUCCCCGCCUCCUCCGGCCUCGCCUCCGGCCGCGACGAGGAGCGCGCACCCUCCGGCCCGCAGCUCGGCGGCAAGAAGAAGAGGCGCAAGGCGGGCAAGGGGUGGGCGAGCGAGACACACGACACACACGCAGGCACCCGCCCGGACUCGCGCGAGGAGCAGAGCAAGCGGGCCAGGCGGGCGAGCCGCUUCGAGGCGUCCGGCCUCUCCCUCGAGCAGCGAGCUGACCUCGCCCGCGCGGACCGGUGGGCGGCGGCGCCGCAGCAGCCGGGCUGCCAGCCGGGCGGCGAGCUCGGAGGCGACAUCGAGCUCGACUUCACGGUGGCGGGCACGAGCACGGCCGUCGAGAAGAAGUACCUCCGCCUCACCUCCGCACCCGACCCGCGCACCGUCCGGCCCGAGCCGCUGCUCAAACAGGCGAUCGACCGGGUCCGCGGCCGGCUGAUUGAGUUUGGCGACGAGCGCGGCCAGGAGCAGUACAUCUACCUCUGGGAGCAGAUGAAGUCGGUGCGGCAGGACUUGACCGUGCAGCGCAUUCGAAACGACUUCACCGUGGGCGUGUACGAGAUGCAUGCGCGCAUCUGCCUCGAGUACGACGACCAAGCGGAGCUCAAGCAGUGCCAGGCGCAGCUGCAGCAGCUCUACGAGGAGGGGCUCGGCUCCAGGGAGGGGCAGCGCGAGUUCCUAGCCUACUCCCUGCUCUACAACGUGGGCAAGCAGGCGGACAACAACGUCGCAGAUCUGAUGAAGGACCUCUCUGCCGACGACCGGAGCGACAAGUACAUCUCCCACGCGCUGCAGGUGCGCGCCGCCGCUCAGCUGGGCAACUAUUGCGCCUUCUUCCGCCUCUACUCGGACGCGCCCGGCCACUCGGGCUACGUGAUGGACACUUUCAUCGGGCGCGAGCGCUUCGCGGCCCUGCGCCGCAUCUGCCGCGCCUACCAGCCUUCGGUGCCGCUCGCGGCGGUCAGCGACGCGCUCGCGUUCGACGACGCGGCCGAGUGCGGCGAGUGGGCCGAGGACCACGGGGCGACGCUGGCGGAGGAGCGGUCCUACCUCGACUGCAAGGCGUCCAAGGGGCAGCUCGUCGAGCACUCCAUCGCCGCGAAGCGCGAGGAGGAGCGCAAGGCGGCGGAGAGGAGGGCGGAGGCGACCGGAGGCCUCAAGGGGUGGAGCUAGCGCCGCGGGGACAGCGCACGGACGACGGGGUGCUUUGGAAGCACCCGCGGUCGCACGCACGUACACAGAUACGCACGCGAUACGCACGCGCACACACACAUACCACACACACACACACACACGCACACACACACACACACGCACGCACGCACGCACGCACGCACGCACGCACACAUCCGCCUGCCCUGCACACCCAUCUAUCCUCACCCACCUCUCGCCUGCCUCUCCUCUUACUGGGCCUGGCAAGGCCAUCUGACCCGACCGGGAUAAGAAUCACUCGAAGCUCGAUGCAUGUGGCGCGCUCUGGCUCUCCGACAGCGUGUCCCCCUGUGGUGGCGCGUGUGUGACAGGGCUGAGGUCAGAGGUGUGCGGACACUCCAGUCUCCGCUCCGGAGCGCCACAUACGUCCGCACACAGAGCCAGAUGUUCGGUAGCACGUUUUCCUAUAACCGUUUUGCUUUUUUGC